ACAAUAAACCAUCUGUAUCUAAGAUGGCGGGCUUUCGAGACCCAGCGAAGAAACAUUUUCCACUUACUGACAUUUCCUCGGUAAUCAAUCUUUUCAAAGAACAAUUGGAAGGCCCCGAUGAACCAAAUCUUGCUCUUCUUUCCAUUGUAUUGGGUUGUAUUGAAAACACACUGACUUUAAACAGAGCUAUUUCUACCAAUGAAGACGAUAGGUUACUGAGGCCAAUCUUUCCAGUUGUAGACUUGAGCACUGUGGACGCUUUGUAUACAAAGUUUGAAACGCUGGUAAAAGGUUCUGUGGAUCUUACAAAAUAUACAGGCACGUUCUCAUCAAGAGAGCUUGUUAAGAAAAUUUCUGAUGUUAUUUGGAGUUCGCUGUCUCGAAGCUUUAAAGAUAAGGCUCAUUUGCAAUCACUGUACAGUUUUCUUACAGGUAAUUGUUCUCUCCCCACAGGGGAGAUAACUGUCUUUACUAUAACUAUAAUGUCUAUAGACUAUAAGUAGUAUAAAAAGGUAACCUUUGUCAAUUUGUGCAAAAUGUUUAAACUAAAUGUUGAAGUUAAAAACUAAGCUGUUGGACCCUAUGCUGCCCCCCCCCCCUUUUCAAUAAUAUGUAUAUCAGACUGAACUCAUUUCCAAAGAUAACAAUUUAUAUUGUAAUUCUAUAUCUAGAAUAGAAAACAUUGACUUGUAAUUGUAAUUGGAAAAGGAAAAAAAGUUAGGUGACUCAUAGUCAUGGUCUUAGACUUGAGACAAUAGAAUAGACAAUUAAUAAAUACAAUAUAAAUAUAUUUUUAGCUUGUGAUAUGAUAUCGGCCUAUAAAUUUAAACAUCCUGUUUUAUGAACAAGGAUGUUUGAAAAACCAAGAUUUGAUUUCAAAUGUUUAAUUUACAGUCAUUGUUGAAAAACUAUAAUUGUUUCAUUUUAAAUUUUCCAGGUAACAAACUUGAUUGCUUUGGUGUUGCCUUUGGUGUUGUAGCUGCUUCCCAACUGCUUGGUCGAAAUGAUAUCCAUUUGUCUUUAUCAGAAGAUCAUGCCUGGGUAGUGUUUGGUGAAGAUGGAACUGAUACAGCGGAAGUCACUUGGCAUGGUGCGUUUUUUUCUCAAAUAAUUUACCUUUUCUUCAUAUCUGUAUUGCCUUGGCCUUGUAAAUGACCGUUGAAUGUUCAUCCCCUAGAUAAAAAAAAGAUCCAUAACUGCAACCAGCUGUUUAAAGUUUAUGGUUUAUCUUUCAUUUAAAUUUUUCUUUUUUUAAAAAAAAAUUGGGUUAGUUUUUAUUCAUUUAAGUUUAAGCUAAUUUUUUUUUAAUGAAUGUAUCUUUUUUUUUGACAGGUAAAGGAAAUGAAGACAAAAGAGGUCAGUCUAUUGCUCUCAGUGUUGCAGAAAAAUCAUGGCUCUAUCUUAAUGGCCACCCUGUCAUUUGCGAUCGCAACAUGGAAGUGGCUGCUUUGGUAUCCGCAGCUAAUCCUUCUAUCAAUAUGAUGACAGAUAGUAUUGAAAUGGGAGCUCUCCAGCAGGUUAGUUAGCAAAAUUCAAUUUAUAUCUAAGAACAUAAAGCCAAUAGGCAGCUUAUUUAUUAAGUUGGGCCAUUUCCCCCUUUGAGGUUUUUCAGGUGUGGAUGGUGAUUGCAGGUUUACGCUGUAGGGUUUUUAUUCUUCCAAGCACCGAAAAAACAAAGACAGUAAUAAUUUAACUCAGGUACAGAAUUGUUUACUGAAAAUGAUUCUUCUCAGUCCGUUGAGACAUGGCACACAGCCCUUUAACAAUGUGCCAUGUAAUGCCAUGCAGGUCAUCAUUUAAUUUGCUUUACCAGGGUGCAGAACUUAAGCACAUUAUGGCUGUUUCUUUUGUAAUUUGUUUAGGUAUAGCUUUUUCUAAUUUUUAUAAAGAUUGUAAAGUGAUCACAGGCAAUCAAUUGCUAUGCCUGCGUUGUAUUUUCAAGUUUAGGACAUUUACUGGUGCUUAUGUGCCAGAGUGUCUAAGGACGGUGCUCAGAAAACAGACGUGAGUUGGCUUAAAUGUGAAAUUGUGUCUGUGCACAGUAUAAUUAUUCAGGUAAGCAAAAUUCUGCACCCAUGCUGGAACUAGUUGAGUGAAGGAUGAAUAGGAGAGCUUGAUUCGCAUUUAUUGAAUUUUGUGUGUGGAACUUUUCUGCUCAGGAGUCUGACUACUAUUAUAGUUAGUUGUUGUUUGCAUAUGUUAAACUAUUUGCAGCUAUUUUUUCUCAUCUCUAAAUUUUGAAUUUAAAUAUUCUUUUCUAGGAACUGCUUUGGCUCCUUUAUGAUAAAGGUCAUCUAUUAAAGUAAGAAUUCCAUUUAACUUAUACUGAUUCUUCAUGUCAUAUUGCAGUGUUUCUCAACAUAUUUAUUUUUUAAUUUAAUGUUUUACAAUCUUUUUUUUUUUUAUAUAUACUUUUUAAUAAAGUCAAUUAUUCACAUGAAAAAAAAAUUAUUAUGCUGUCAUAAAUUGUUUCAUUGGUUAAAUUAGCCUUAAAAAAUAACAUAAUAUUUCAAAAUUUGAAAUUACUAUUGAAAAAUAAUUAUUGUUUAAAAAUUAUCUGCGCGAGCAGCUCUUCACAACAUUGUGGAUUUCCGACAAAAUUAAUAAUUCUACAGUCACAAAAUAAUUUUCUUGUAAUAAUGUUGUCAAAUGAUAUUAAUUUUGCAAUUUAUGAGAGAGUUAUUUGUUCUUCUGAAUAAAUAUACCAAGAAGGAGACUGAUCAUAGAAUUUAUUUUCCUAUUUGGAUAAAGCAAAAGCAUAAAGCUAUCUUAAACAAGUAAGCUUCACAAAUUAACUUUAAUUAUUAUUUCCUGACUUAGAAAUUCUUUAUAAAAAAAAAUGAGUUUUAGUUUUAUAAUUUUACUUGUCUCUACAUAUUUUUGUUGAGUUUCAAUAAAUUUAUAAUAUACAAAUAGAUAUUCCAAGAUAAAUAUUUUUUUUUUAAUGGUGGAAAAUAUAAUGAUGGGAGGGUAGUUAUAAUAAAUGUAAAGUUAAGGACUUUCCUUUAUUACCUAAAUAUAUUUGUUUAAAAUGUAAAACUUCUUUGAAUCAUCUUCUUAAUUUGCUACUAUUGCAUUGUAGAAAUGUGUUUAAAUUUAGCUAUCACUAGUAUUAGAGAUGACAGAAUGACAAACAAAACAUUUAUGUUUUUUUAUUAACAGUUCAGUGACUCAAAUGAUGCAGAGAAUGAAACUAUAAACCCUAAUUUCUUAUUCAGCCUAAUAUAAGACCUGUUCUCCCGUUACUGUUACAGUGUUAUAAAUUUAGGUUGAAACAUUUUACCCUAAACACAACCGGUGGUAAGUAUUUUUCUAAUCUCUUGGUGCCAAAAACCUACAAAGAAUGGUCACAAUAUUUUAAUAUAUAGGGUAAUAAUGCAUUUUCGAUAUACGUUUGUUUACUUUCAUACUAAUUUAGUCGUGCACUGGUAAAAGUGUUAUUUUUUUAAUUAAUAAUCAGUCACACUUUUAUUUCACAGGUUCUUUUUUGAGUGAAUGGUCUGCAAUGAAGUAAUAUGUUACCUAUUCUCAUGUGGAUAUCAAGUCCAGUACAAGCUCUUAUAACAAAAAUUCAUAAUAGUUUUCAGAAAUAAUAUUUGUUUAUUGUGCGUAAAUAUACUUGUGUUUGUACACUGUAGUUUGUAGGCUUGUGUUACUUGAGGAUUAUAACAAGGAUAUAAAGGAUAUAUUUGAAUAUAUGGGGAAAAGAUAGAUCAGAUGAGAAGGCAAUGCACAGUAUUGGGAAUAAAUAUCAAAUUCAGCAAGAGUGUACCGAAUCAUUUUCAUUUUAGCUACUGUGAGCUCAAGAAUUUCCGGUAUGUCACAAUAUUUGAAAAAAAACAUUAUUUUGGUGUUGAAGUAUUUAUAGUAACAUCGCAAACCUCUCUGAAACAUAGGAGCCAGAAUGAUCAAUUCAUUGAUCGUGGGCCCUUAAAAUAAAGAAGAAGAAGAUAUGGUUAUCAAAAUUUGCUCAGUUAUAUUUUCCUUAAAAUUGAAGGAUUAACUUAAAUUGCCAAAUCUUUGAGGCCCAUUUUUAAAUAAAACUAUAUACAAUCCAUACAUUUUCUAAAAAUAAAAUCUAUAUGCCACAUUUAUAGCACAAUUGGAAAAAACAUAGGUUUUGUUUAAAAAAAAUUGUACAACUUUUUUCUUUGUCAUAGUAUGUUUGUCUGACUAUGGUUUGUAUCAGAUGAUGAAGUGUUUUAUUCUAAGAAUUUUUAUACAAGGAUUUUUUUCAUGUAUGCUGUGAGAAAUUUUUUGUCCAAUUACACUUGUAAUUGUUUUACAGAAGAAAAAAACGAAAAAAACCUCCAAUAUUAUUUUGUGAAUGUAUUUUAUUUCAUCUAAAACAUUGUUGUACCAGAUUAUCUUUUUAAAAUAAAUUUUAAUUUAAUAUGUUUAUACGUUGUUGUUUUUUUUAAAAAGUUAUUUAAAGAAAAAAGAGUUUUAAAAGCUUGUACUUGUACAGGUGUCCACUAUCUAAGUGGAAAAAAAAGUUAAUUAUAAACUACAGCUAACUUAUUUUAAUUCUGCUUGUCAAAUUUACUUAAUUAUUACUAGAAAAACUUGCAUUUUUGUUCAUUAGCUCGUCAAAUAAUUCAAGGUGAAAAAACCCUUCUAUCUACCUUAUAACUUAUGUGUUCAUUACUAUAUUUCAGGUAUCCCAUGGGUUUAGGUAAUCUUGGAGAUCUGGAAGAAAUCUCUCCAAACCCCGGGCGUCCACCACCUUUGGCAAUAUUUCAAGAGGCAAUAUCUUCUGCAAUCAAGUAUUAUGACAACCAUCAUGUGUAUCCAUACACAUACAUGGGUGGCUAUCUGUACAGGAAAAGACGUUACAAGGAAGCCAUUAAGUGUUGGGCUGAGGCUUCUAAUGUUAUUAGGAAGUAAGCUCUUUCAUUUUUAAUAAGAAAUAUAUUCAAAUUAGUACGUAUAGUAUCAGAUUAUGUAAUAACCUUGGAUUAGAACUCAGAUAUUUUUUAAGGUGAUAUUUCACCAGCCAUGUUUUAAUAUUUAAAUUUUAGGAUUAAAUGAAGCAAAGGAGGUCAGUAACUUGAUUAAAAAUAUAUAUAUUUAUUUCUGUUAUGUUGCUUUAUAUGUUAAUUUUUUUAAAAAUUAUAAAUCACUUACAAUUUUUUUUCCCUUAGAUUUAACUACACCAGAGAGGAUGAAGAGAUUUACAAAGAAUUUUUAGAGAUUUCCAAUGAACUCAUUCCAAAUAUUGUGAAAGCUGUAUCCUUAAACACUACAGAUCGGGUUCAAAUGAACAUCUUGUACAAUCCUGAAGUUUAUGGAGAUAUUCUGCGAUUCUAUGAUGGGAUAUGCGAGUGGGAGGAAGGAAGUUCAACGCCAGUGCUCCAUGUUGGAUGGGCACAGCACCUAACAUUCUCUCUCAACAAAUUUGAUCCUAGAACUAGAGCCAAAAUUGAUGUUGGCAAAGAUGAGGAUGAAGAUGGUGAAAAAGAGGAAAAUGAUGAGAAUGAUAAUGAAAGUGAAGCAAGAUUAAAGGAAGAGUUAAAAACAGACAAUCGAAACAAACUUUUACAAUCAAAAGAGGGUAAAGAUCCUCUUAAAACUGUGCUUGAAGAUUUAAAGAAAGAAGAUUCAUCGUAUUUAACACAGUCAAACCUUGCUGGUCAGCGUGUCACAGCUAAAAACCGCAAAGGUCAACGUAGACGCAAUUCAAAUGCUUCUAAGGACAUCAGUACUAAAGUAUCUAAAGAUUCAUCCAGAAAAGGAAGUAUUGAUGAAAGUAGUAAAGUUGAGGAUAAAUUAAAAUCUAAGAUUGAAGAGUUGGUCAACAAGGUUGGGCAACAAGAAGGUUCACAGGAUGCCACCCCCAACCCGAACAUCACUGCGCUUGCACAGCAGUGUAGUCUCAGCAUUCUUAAUAAAGAUUAUCUUCUUGGUGCCGGUGAACCUUUCUCUACAUCUCCUGCAACAAUAUCCACAUCAGUCCCGGCUGAUGAGACUUACACAACUACUUCUAAUACAACAGGAAAUUUCACAGGCCCAGAUUCUAGGCUGGAUGUGGAUGAAUUUCUAAGUUCAAAAUCCAAUGGCACAGCUUUUAUUGGGUUGACAAUGGAUUCUAUGUUAAAGGCUGAGAGUCCUUCUGAUUUGAUGCUUGCCAUUAAAAGAUCUGAUGAUGCAGCCCGAACAGCUCCUCUAGCAUCCCCUUCCCCCUCUCCUACUGCUGAAAUGUUGGCUGCCCUGGGACCAGUUUAUGUUGAGCUAAAAAGUGAGAAGAUGAAAGGGUUGAAAAAGAUGUUUAAGUCUGCAAAACUUAAUGCCAGUGCUAUCAAGCUUCAGCUUACAGCACAAUCACAAGUCCAUGUUAAAGAUUCCCGGUUUUUAGAUUUUUGUGAACCAACAGGAUCUGCACGAAAACGGCCAAGGAGAGAAAUAGUCUAGGAAAUAAAUUAGUGUUAUUAAAAACAUGUUCCCAUUGUUUUAAAAGCACAUGUGUGCACUAUAAAUUUAUUUGCAUUAGGAUUCAAGUGUUCGCUUUAUUUGGUCUUGUCAAAAGUAAUUUUAUUUAGCUCUUUUAUUGUAGAUAAACUUCAUUGAAGCUCCAUCUAUGAGUAUUAAUGGAAUUAAUUAGCCUGGGCUUUAAGCUGCAAUUGUCAGAACAAAUAUUUUAUCAUAUAUUGAUUUAUUGGUUACUGUGAGCUCUUUGAAACAAAGUUGUUAAAAUGUCUACA